AGAAAAAUCUAAUCCAAAAUAAUCCGAUCUACGCUAAACUCUGAUGGCCCUCGUCCGUGAACGCCGCCAGCUUAACCUCCGCCUCCCUUUGCCGGAAAACUCCGAGCGCCGCCCUCGCUUCCCCUUACCCCUCCCACCCUCCACCAUCACCACCACUAAUUCCUCCUCCUCCACCACCACCAUCACUGCCGCUGACCUCGAAAAACUUCAUGUCUUGGGCCACGGAAACGGCGGUACUGUCUACAAAGUCCGCCACAAACACACUUCAGCUAUUUAUGCAUUGAAAGUUGUUCAUGAAGAUAGCGACACCGCAAUCCGCCGCCAGAUCCUUCGUGAAGUUUCCAUCCUCCGCCGAACAGAUUCCCCGUACGUCAUCAGGUGUCACGGCGUCUACGAUAUUCCCGGCGGCGAUAUAGCAAUCUGCAUGCAGUACAUGGACAUGGGCACCCUCGAGACCCUAAUGAAAAACGGCACCAAAUUCUCCGAGCAACUUCUUUCCAGGAUCUGCUUCCAGGUUUUAAGUGGGCUUGAAUAUUUGCACUCCCACAAGAUCAUUCACAGAGAUUUGAAGCCUUCAAAUAUAUUAGUAAACAAUAAAAUUGAAGUGAAAAUUUCUGAUUUUGGAGUCAGUAAAAUCAUGCACCGAACAUUGGAUCCCUGCAAUUCUUACGUUGGAACCUGCGCUUAUAUGAGUCCGGAAAGAUUCGACCCGGAUACAUACGGGGGCAAUUACAACGGGUACGCCGGUGAUAUAUGGAGCUUAGGAUUGACUCUACUGGAACUAUUCAUGGGCCAUUUUCCAUACUUGCUGGAGGGGCAAAGACCUGACUGGGCUACACUUAUGUGUGCGAUAUGUUUCGACGAACCACCGAGCUUGCCGGAAAGUGCAUCGGAAAUUUUCAAGAAUUUCAUUCAGUGUUGCUUGCAGAAGGAUUCCAGUAAAAGAUGGAGUGCAACCCAGUUGUUAUCACAUCCUUUUGUGAGAGAUAUUGAAUUGAAAUCAACAUGAGGAUGUUAAUUUCCGAGGAUUAUGGCCGGAAAUCCGGCGAGGGUAACAAUUUGGGAUACUGUUUGUAUAUAUAAAAGCAGAAUUUUCAAGAUUUUAAUUCUUUAGUUUUAUCUGUAUGUUAUUUCCUUAAUUUUCUAGGAAUCUUCUUUCUGUAUACAGGGAGGAUCCAUCCGUUUCAACAGAAACUGCUGUAGAAAUUGGGAGAUGAUAAUCAACACUCUUUCAUUUUAAUUAAUUAGCGACGAUACUUUCAA